AUGCGAUCUCUCCACAUCCUGUUACUUUUAUUGGCUUGUCAAGCACAAGCGGAUUAUCUUGGCAACAGUACGAGAAUGUGCGCCGUGUUGAACGUCUACAAGAAGGACCCUCUCCAUUGCCAAGGCAAGCCGAGCUCUCGUCCCAUGAAGAUUUCUUGCUGGAACGAAACGGGCAGUGUAUGUGGAAGUGAUCCGAACGAUCCUCAGCAUGUGUCCAUCAACAAUGUGUAUUGCACCGACAAGGGCUUUUACGAGACCCUUUACCGUGGCAGCAGCAAAUGUGACGGGAGCACUAGCCAAAAGAUUUCCGUCUUUUAUCCCAAGGACUCCUGUAGAGGAGGUCACAAAUUUGUUUCCUGCCUUCCUGGUCCAUGUCAAAAGGAAGAUGGGGAUGAUGUGGAUGCAUUAUUCGUUGAGAAUGAUGAUUGGCUUGAUCACUGGGACGGUUCCACGGAAUUGAAUUGA